CCUUGGAAGUUGGAAACCUCAACUCAAGCGCCUUCAUAGUUCAGCCUUAAACCCUUGAUGAGUACUUCCAACCAGACAUCAAGAAAUCAAAAACUAGAGUCAAAAUCCCAACUUCCGUAAGUUUUUGAGUCCACUCUUAGUUCCUUUUCCAUUCUUCUAUGCCAAAAAAUGGCAAAUCUAAUGCACAAACUCUUCAAGAACAAAUCUAGUCAAAGAAUCGUCGUAUCUCUCCAGAACCCACAACAACAACUCCCCAAACUUAGUCCUUCACUUAUUCCUGAACAAACCCACCAUUAUUCAUUAGCCAAACCAGAAUUUUUAAACUACUCAAAUCUUUUCCUCAAUACCAAAUCCUCGGAAAAUUGCAAAUCUGCUGAACCCUUGAAGUUUUACCCCAAUUUCCCAUUUGGGUAUAUAUUGAAUCCCAUUAACUCAGUUCGGUUUGAUCCAUUGGAGGCAGUAGUGGUUGAGGAGGGGGCAGCAGAGACUGAGGAUGAUGAUGCUGGAAAAGUUUGGGCAGAUAGUGUGAAGAAGAAGAGGAAGAAGAAGAUGAACAAGCACAAGUACAAGAAGCUUAGGAAGCGUCUUAGGAGAAAGACUUAGACUUUCCUUUGGCGAGCAUUCAUGGGGAGUUGUUUUAUUUCCUCUGUUUUUUAUAUGCAAAGAUUUUGGAAUUCGAUCAUAUGUGAUUGAAAUUUUGGAUUUUUUUUAAUUGUUGACAAAGCCCGAUUUCAGAACUGGAAUGGAAUGUUGAGAAUUUUUUUAUCUAUUGACAAUAAGAUUAA